UUUGCAUUGCGCCUGUCUACCAUUGAAGCCUAAGCAAUAUGGCUUCUAGAUUACCUUUCCAUCGCUUGCCCAAGCAGCAACUUCUGGCCCUUUCACGAACUACUCGCAGGUGCCCUUCUUCUCAAAGGAAUAUUCACUCAAUUGCGGUUCCAAAGCGCUUGGCCGUCGUGGGCCAGUCUUCUUUGGUUUCUGGCUCUGCUAUAAAACUGCAAACGAAUGUGACGUUGUACGCGGGGCGCCAGGUUCGAGGCUAUGCGGACACUAUUAUCAAGGUUCCCCAGAUGGCGGAAUCGAUCACAGAGGGAACAUUGAAGCAGUUCUCGAAGCAGGUUGGCGAUUUUGUCGAGCGUGAUGAAGAGAUUGCUACGAUUGAAACCGACAAGAUUGAUGUCUCGGUCAAUGCGCCUGAAUCUGGCACCAUCAAGGAAUUUCUUGUGAACGAGGAAGAUACUGUUACUGUUGGACAAGAUCUUGUCAGGAUUGAGGCCGGCGGUGCGCCUUCUGAAUCGAAGAAGGAAGAAGCAACCGAACAGCCCAAAGAGCCUGCUGCUACCAAGGAGACGCAACCCUCGAAGGAAUCGGAGACUUCGGCACCCUCGAAACCUUCCCCUGCACCUGAACCCUCCAAGGCCCCGGCUCCCCAGAAGUCUCAGCCAGAGCCGCCCAAGGCAGCACCUGCCUCUGAGUCAAAACCUACUCUGGGAAACCGUGAAGAAAGAAGGGUUAAGAUGAACCGCAUGAGACUCCGUAUCGCAGAACGCUUAAAGCAGUCUCAGAACACAGCUGCUUCCCUGACGACUUUUAACGAGGUUGAUAUGUCCUCUCUUAUGGAGUUCAGAAAGCUUUACAAAGACGAUGUUCUGAAGAAGACCGGCGUUAAGCUUGGCUUCAUGAGUGCCUUUUCUCGCGCUUGUGUUCUGGCUAUGAAGGAUGUGCCAGCCGUCAAUGCCUCAAUUGAGGGGCCUAAUGGCGGCGAUACUAUCGUUUACCGGGACUACGUAGACAUCAGUGUGGCCGUUGCUACCGAGAAGGGCCUAGUCACCCCUGUUGUACGCAACGCCGAAACUAUGGAUCUUGUUGGAAUCGAAAAGUCGAUCGCAGACCUUGGAAAGAAGGCGAGAGACAACAAACUGACAAUUGAGGACAUGGCUGGAGGAACCUUCACUAUCAGCAAUGGUGGUGUUUUCGGAUCCCUUAUGGGCACGCCCAUCAUCAACCUUCCUCAGACCGCUGUCCUUGGACUGCAUGCCAUCAAAGAUAAACCCGUGGCUGUUAACGGAAAGGUUGAGAUCAGACCGAUGAUGUAUCUUGCCCUGACCUAUGACCACCGACUUUUGGAUGGCCGUGAGGCUGUUACUUUCUUGGUUAAGAUCAAGGAGUACAUUGAAGACCCUCGUCGUAUGCUCUUGGGCUAAAUCGACACCCUAAUUUUCUGAGCUUACCGCUCACUUGUAAGGACGUGAUUUUGUAGAUUAAGGAAUUUUAUCUCAGUUUAGGACACCAAAAAGGGUUCUCAUAGAAAGCCUUGGUUCGAACCAGCUUUUUGGUUUCUUUUAUAGGCUUGAACAAUAUCCUAACAUGUUUUACGUCAUGGACGUGCAGACAAUCCGCGAAAGUAUAUAUUCAUAUAGACUUGUUAUAUGAUUGUCCCCGAAACUGUUACUGUAUAAGUUCUGACCAGUUGUUUGUGGUUAAUUAUGGCGAAUUGACCGGGAGCCCAAUCAAUAUAACACAUGUCAAGGCCCUUUUCUCCUAUUCUAGUAAUUUAGAACUA